AUGAGCAUCCUGGAUUCAGCCGGAAAGUAUAUGGAGCUCCUUGAGAAAUCUCUCGUUCUCUAUGAACAAAUUGCUCAAAAAGCAGCCGGACUCAAGGACCCGGUAUCUCGAAAAGCGGCUGCCGGAGACUAUGAGAGAUCGAUGGAAGUCAUAAAACGAUGUCAGGAGCAAAUUGAGGAGGCUGAGAAGAAUGCAGAGGAUGAUAAGGAGAAAACAUCAGAAGAAAAUCUGGUCGACACGCUACUCUACCUGGAAGUAACAUAUAGGCGAUAUGAGUAUGUUGAUUUUUCUGUGAAACUUACAUUCCCUGUGGUCCGACAUUAUCCAAUUCUUGUUUGA